AUGCGGCAACGAGAUGAUCUGGCAUUCGCAAUAGCCUUAAACAAUAUGACUGUCGGUCAGAUGACUUCUAUCGAUAUAGAGUUAAUAAAUUCUAGAUAUUACAAUAUUAAUACUUUACCUAUUGAGGCACAUGGAGCGAUACACUUAUUUGCGACCAACAAUGAAGUUGACAAAUACAAUAAUCAAGUAUUGUCUCGAAUGAACACUGAAGGGUACUCGGUUAAAGCACUUAAUGUGGUUUCUGGAGCACCAAAUCCGCAAGCUGCUAGAAAAGCCUUGCAAUCUGUUAAUGCUCUAGCUACAAUGCAGACCUAUGGUCUUCCUAAGAACUUGUUUUUACGAGUAGAUGCACGUUAUAUGGUAACUGUGAAUAUUGACACUACGGAUGGCCUUGUAAAUGGUGGUAGUACAGGAAUAUUGAAGGCUAUAGAUUACGGUCGACACAAGGAAACAAGUGAAAAGCGGCCUUUCCGUAUUUGGGUUCUGUUCGAUAAAAGUACGGGAAUAGCUACAAGAAGUAAAUGUCAAGUACCUUCUCGGAAACAUCGUCAAUAUCUCAAUUCGUAUUGGACGCCAUUAGAGCGGUCACUUAUACUGUGA